AUGCAUCUAAGAAUCUUGUGCAUGGACAACAAAGGUACACCUCUUUCCAUCACUUUUGUUUAUGGCCACCCUGUUUUAGCUAAAAGUGAGGAUGUCUGGAAUAAGCUUAAGGACUUAAAAAUGUUAACACACCCUAAUUGGUUUUGUAUUGGGGAUUUUAAUCAAGUCCUCAGCGAUAAUGAUAAAUUUUCUUUCAAUCAAGGUGCUCUUUUAGGGGCUGACUCUCUUCAUAAUGUUAUUUAUGAAUUAUCUCUUUGUGAGUUAGCUGCUUCUGGUCAAAGAUUUACCUGGAUGAAUAAAAGGGAGGAGGGUGAUUUUGUAAUGGAGAGACUAGAUAGGGCUUUUGCAAGUGUAGAUUGGAUAAACACAUAUCCUAAUUAUGCACUAAAAAGUAAAAAUGUAGUGAAGGAAGCUUGGAGUGUUAGAACCACAGGGUCUAGAGCUUAUCAGUUUAGGACUAAACUUUCAAAUGUGGGGAGGGCUUUCUAUACUUGGAAUAAGGAAGUUUUUGGGAGAUUAGAACAUGAUAUUGCUCACAAACAAGCUCAACUCCAAACUAUGCAGAAUUCCAUCAUUUCUAUUGAUGAUGUGAGGAAGGAAAAGAGAUUGUUGUUCAUUGUGGAAGAACUAAUCGCUGGACAAUCUCAUGGUCAGUUUGCAAAAUCCUUUCGUGAGGGUGACAAAUGUUUUAUUCUUCAGUUGGGUUCCAACUCUUACGGCUUCUUCUUUGUAAUUUCUGAACUCAUUCAUGUUCACCGUAAGGGUUCUAUUGUGGUGCCAGAAGGGAAGUCGGGGGAGUGGCUGGAGAGGUUUUUCUCUUCACCUGAGAAAGGCGAUUGA